ACUGAGACAGUCUUUCCCUUCACUCUCUGUCUCCAGACCUGGCAUCAUGGAUGCUCUUUCGGAAGCAAUUGGCACCUUUGCUCUCCGCCUUUUAAAGAUUCUAUGUCAAGAUGACCCUUCGCACAACGUGUUUUACUCUCCAGUGAGCAUCUCCUCUGCCCUGGCCAUGGUCUUCCUAGGGGCAGAAGGAGACACAGCUGCCCAGGUGGCCCAGCUGCUUUCUUUAAACCCAGAGAAAGACAUUCAUCAGGGUUUCCAGUCACUUCUCGCCGCGCUGAAUAAGCCAGGCACUCAGUACCUGCUGAGAACGGCCAACAGGCUCUUUGGAGAGGAGACUUGUGAAUUUCUCUCUACCUUUCAGAAGUCCUGUCUUCGGUUCUACCGGGCCGAGCUGGAGAAGCUCUCCUUCGCCAACGCCGCAGAGCCAUCCAGGAAACAGAUAAACGCCUGGGUCUCAAAAAAGACUGAAGGUAAAAUUCCAGAGUUGUUGCCGUUUAACUCAAUUGAUGAGCAAACCAGGCUGGUCCUCGUCAACGCCAUCUACUUCAAAGGAAGGUGGAACGAGCAAUUCAACAAAUCAUACACAAGGGAGAUGCCUUUUAGGGUAAACCAGGAGGAGCAGAGGCCAGUGCAGAUGAUGUUCCAGGAAGGGACGUUCAGACUCGCCCACAUAGAGGAGGUGCAGGCCCAGGUGCUGGAGCUGCCCUACGCUGGCGAGGAGCUGAGCAUGGUCGUCCUGCUCCCUGACCACCACGUGGCCCUGAGCUCGGUGGAAGAAAACCUCACCUUUGAGAAGCUCCUCGCCUGGACCACGCCAGGCUGCAUGAAGAGCACCGAAGUUGAAGUUUUCCUCCCGAGAUUUAAACUGGAGGAGAACUACGACAUGGGGUCCGUGCUCCGGCGUCUGGGGGUGGUGGACGCCUUCCAGCAGGGCAAGGCCGACCUCUCGGCACUGUCGACCGCGAGGGACCUGUGUCUGUCCGUGUUCGCCCACAGGAGCGUUGUGGAGGUGAACGAGGAAGGCACGGAGGCCGCGGCUGCUUCGGCCUUGAUCGUGGUGGAGUGUUGCAUGGAGCUUGGACCCAGGUUCUGUGCCGACCACCCCUUCCUCUUCUUCAUCAGGCACAACGAGACCAACAGCAUCCUCUUCUGCGGCAGGUUUUCCUCCCCGUGAGGGGGACGUGCUUACCGCGUGGGAGCCUUGCCCUCUAUGUGUGUCCCGUGUCACGCUCCACACACCCUGAGGAUGGGCCUGGCCAGUUCCCCAUCCGGCUGGGUGACCCGCCAGCACACUUGGCUUCUCCCCAAGACC